AUGACCGGUGAGCCCAGCUGAAAUUUUGUAACAUUUCAGGCAGCUUUCGUCCCUUGUUUGCGCUGCCUUUGUUCUCAUGUGUACCUCUUCCGAACCACUGCUUUUCCCGUCUUUUUUAUUUCCUGAACAGCGAAAGAAGCUUGCCCGACAGAACCCCCUCGCCUGGGCUCCGAGGAUGGCCUGCCCAGCACGCAUCCCCUCUACAGUGAGGUGAGCAGGGUCUGUGCGGAGAGGAUGGAUGUCUUACGCGAUUUCCCCGACCCCAAAGACGAUGGUGCUGGCUGCAGCCGUAGCGGGGCUUGGAACGUGGUUCUCAAGCAGGGUGAGAUGAGUAUCUACAGUAGGGAGGGGGAGAGCGCCGAUGGAAGUUAUGAGGAUCGAUUGUUGGUGAGACCUUGACUUUCUACCCUCUAAGAGCUUCCAUUCAACUGCCCAAAGUAACCUCUCUGUUUUAAAUGCGUACACACGUGCUUUUUGUGAGACUCAAGUAGUUGGCUUAUCGACACAGAUGAAUAUCUGGGGUUUGGACGGCACAUCGCGACGAGCAGGGCCCGUUAGCCGAUUGGUGAGCCCCCUUCCUACGAUAAUUAAUAUACCCGACCGCAACCGACAGGACAGCGGGCCCAUGGGUCAAUGGUAAAGCGUCGGGCCCAAUGAUUAAAGAGCCCGGAUUCGAAUCCCAGGUUUGGUAUGAGUGGCUGAUGACGGCCGACCAGCCAGAAACUGCCUUUCCAGUCUGCCUUGUCUUUGUCGGAAAUCGCCACUAUAUUUAUACCUGCUCGUUAUCCGACUGCCUGCGGAACGGCACAGGGGAACGAGCAGACCCCGUGACCCUCUCUGCUCGCGCUCCUCCUACGAUAGUAUACAUAUAUAUACUGACUAUAAAUCUGUGCCUCCUCAACUUCCCUAGACGAAUUAACUCGGUAAGUGCAUCUAACUCGAUCACGGGGAGGGCAGAUGCACUUCUUGUGAAUUUGUGAUCUUAUGCAUAAGUUCAUCAGGAGAGCUUGUCGUGUCGACUUCAACGUAGAAGUACAUCGAGUGACCGCCACGGACAGGCAUAUGGACACAAUCCUGCUACGUGGACGCCCAUGUAGGCCUCCAAACAGACGUUAGGUCAGCUAACAGCCAGACUCAUCCAGCUCGGCCAAAUGUUACCUUUCUGAUAAUGCACUCCAGCAUGAAUUGCGUGUUAGAAAACUGAGCUCGCCUUUCCGUGCAUAGGGCCAGUCCUUUACGGGACUACCGCACCACGUGAUUACCGUAUCAAUUGUUCUUGGCACAAAGCUUGUAAUCUUUUGAAGCCGUAUCUGGAUUUCAGUCUCUAUACUACUGAGAAGAUGCCAGAAAAACUUGAGGAAGUUAUUGAAAUCUUCGUGCCUCUCUACCUCUCACGGAUUGUCGCAUAUCACAUACGACGCCAGAGUACAGACUACCCCGUUUUGCUCUGAAUCUCUAGUCUAGAGCUCUUACAGGUUGUCGUGUGGUUCCGAUAAGGUCAGAAGGGAUUGAAAUGAGCAGCUCACGAUCUACGUGGUUGUCGUCUCUCUUAAGAAGCGAACUAUUAUUGGUGUUAGUCAGACUUGUUUGUUUUGCUCGCAACCAGUCAUGCGGUUUCCUUCGGCCUUCAGUCCAAACCCUUUGUCCUAAAUUCUCAAGUCAAUGUGGGCUCAUGCAAGCAACACUUGGGCGUCAUCUCGUUUCUUUCACAGAAUAUUUCACUUGGAGAGAUGAGAAUAAACAUUUAUGGGGCAGAGGGAAAUCCCUUCUUUCAAACGUCCUCAAACUCCGAGAAUAUGGUAGGAGGCGCUGACCGAUCGUUCUUACGGAACUCACUUGUUCCGUUGUGCCUUACAAGCUCUCUCUCUCUCUCCCUCUCUCGAGCCCAACCAGCAGCCGCACAGCGGCACAUGAUAUAGGCAGAAUGCUAUUACCGACAAAGACAAGAGAGACUGGAAUGGCCAUUUCUGGCUCAUUAGCCAUCGUCAGGCAGUCAUGCCCAACCCCGAAGUAUGGAACACCCGAGGCUCGAACUCGCGACCUGUUAGUUAGAAGUCCUACAGGGCAACGGGCUCGUGGCCCCGCGGGUGAGGUCAAUGGUAGAGCGUCAAACUCCAUGACCAAAGAUCCCGGGUUCGAAUCUCAAGUGAUCCACACUUGGGGUUGCGUAUGACUGGCUGAUGACGGCUAAUAAGCCAGAAAUGGCCAUUCCGGUCUCCCUUGUCUUUGUCGGUAUCAUCUUAUCAAAAUAUAUAUAAAUAUCAGCGAGGAGGGACGACAGAGAAUGCGGGUAGAUUGAUACAGCACUGUUUCGGGCUUAUUCUGCCUUCAUUCAGCCAAUCAUAACCCUGACCACCAGCAGCUGAGACCAGAAACACAAACAUGCGCACAGACGCACCUGGCGCAGUCGGUCCACCACUGAGGCCUACCAGAUGGGUCAUAAGCACUUCAUCGAACCGAAGUUCAUCAGUGCCUCGCCACCUGUCAUUCUCUGUCGCUUCAGAUCGGGUAUUUAUCAAUCAGGAAUGGGCGCACACCGAUCUAUUGGCUUCACAAAGCAAACAAGCUCCGUAUGUGUGGCAAAGGUCACGAACAGGCAACCGACUUCGGCCUGGUAAUUGGUUGCCUGUUCGUGACCUUUGCCACACAUACGGAGCUUGUUUGCUUUGUGAAGCCAAUAGAUCGGUGUGCGCCCAUUCCUGAUUGAUAUAUAAAUAUAUAUAUGGCAAAAAUAUUAUACCGUACUCCCGACAUAGGUGCUGGCUAAAAGCUCUGACACGUGUUUCCUCGAAAUUCUGCCGCUGCGUGACACAGCUGCGAGGGGUUCAGUUCCUUAGUGGGUCACCAGCGUUCUCUUCGCGAUUCCUGGUAUAUGUUCUUCAGAGAAUAAACAAGCUAGUCAUUUUAGGAAUUAUUAAGUGUGGGACAUGGCCUUUUAAAGUCAUGUUCACCUGUGUCCUCUCUCGCAUUCUGUCUUCUUGACCAUGUCUUGAUAUCGAGCUCAGACGGGGGAGCAGGAGAGAGUGCAGUAGAUGCUGUGCAAGCCUGCUACUACUGUAAACUAAUUCACGCACAGGUCAUCAUGCCUGCCCUCAACUUGCUGUUCAUCACACGGUGGUCAUCGUCGCAGACGACAGUCGAACUAAGAUAACAAGUUAAGGAAUUAUUAAAUUCAGGGAAUGGCGUUUAGUGUCGGGGACAAUACUGUUUGAGUCAGACGUGCAAUGUCAGUGAGCAUUUGGGUGGAAUGGGAUCGGCUACUUUGGAAUAACCACGUAAUAUCCACUCCACAAGCAUGUAGAAGUACAAGUAGUAUAAUUUUAUAUUAGAGAUGGUUGUGCCAUUCACACGACAUAGGUACAAGUUGGGAUUGGCUGUCCACAACAACUCUAAGGCACUUUCACAUCAGACGCCUAAAACGUGCACGCAGCUUCAGUGAUUGUUUUGGUACUACAGCAUACGCGUUAGGGGGUAGUAACCACACCAGCUCUCUCGAGAACGAACACUUGGCCUGUGAAAGUCCAGAAAGCUAUUCUCCUCGAAGUUUCUUGGCGUUUCGACCUUUUCGGUCGGCAGGAAUUCAUGGAUGUAGUCUACUUUAAAGAACGCUGCCGUAAUUCUGUUAAUCUUUCUGUGAACCACAUCAAAAACAUGUGGUCACUUCUUGCCAUGUUAUAGCAGCCGGUUGCCUAACAAUGCACUUAUCUUUGGUAUUUAUUAUUUGGCCGAAUUUCUUAAUGGUCGCUUGGUGACUGGAAGUAUCACCCGAACAUAAUUUUGCAAAAUUAGAAGUCAAGAAGAGUCGUAGGAGCCAUUGCGGCUCGCGUGAAAGUGUUCGACCAAUCGUAUGAUAGCUGGCGGAAACAUUCCGCAAAUUGCUGCCGUUGGUCACUCGCGCGUCAUUAAUCUGGACUGUCCGGCCAUUUACUGUGGCAUGACCUACAGCCGACCAAGAUCGCGCACGCAUGAGCAUUCUCCAGCCGUAAAGCGAAAAGAUGUACGAUCGUAUGCUGUUAUACACAGCCUCGGAAAUAAUCAUCGAUUUGGCUUCGACAGUGCGGAAGUACUUGGCGGAGCCGAAGCGAAAUGAGGGGAGAGAUAAUCGAGGCCUAAAAAUCCGACGCCAACUUGAUUAACCGUAGGAUCGACUUACCAGCGCCAUACGAGGCCGUCGGACACCACGGGCUGAAAAGAAGGGCAAAUGAGAAGAGAGACCAGUGGAACAAUUAGUAGUGAAUAAGGAUGACUGAUUUGAAUCAUAAAUUUCCACUUUUGUCCAUCUCAGUUGAUGCGCCCAAGUAUGAGUGUAAAACGGUAGUCAAGUAAACCAUCCUCCCCAGGAAUAUUUUUGCCUUAUCCUUCCAUAUGCACAUGUAUACAUAAAGGAAAAAAAAUCUUACUAACGCUGUAUGCCUAUUUUAAUGCGUAAGAAGGCACUUUGUAGGAAGGUAGUUGCGGAGGGGGUACAAAUAUCUGUACCCCAUACCGCCCUCGGUCGCCGCAUGACAGUAAUAAGUUACAAAAUCAUUAAACUACAGUUCCUUCUUACUCUUAGCGGAAGUUACUUCGUAUGCCAUAAAGUCAGCAAAAUGUUAACUCCUGAUGAGACCGCUAGGUUUUCAACAAAACCCCACAGAAUAUGGUUGGCGGACAUCAUUGCAUUUCAGGCAGGAGCAAGCAGCAGCAAUGCGUGCUCACGUGAUGUUACUACCCACUGCACGUCACAGACAGUGCUGAGCGUGGCGAGAUAACAACGCCGGGCACACUUGGACUGACAUUUACCCGCGCACCGAGUUUUGUUCGCCUACGCCCGCGCCAGUGCAUGCACACACAUGCUGGCGAGACACGCAGCAGCAGCAGCAGCAGCAGCAGCAGCGUACCCUGGGGGAUACCCAGCCAUGGUUACACUUAGUGCUACACUAACGUCGAGAAGGGUUCUGGCCACUCUCUUGUGGGAGCUCUGCCAGGCCGCAGAAUACGUGCUGGCGAGAAGUUGCGCUCCGAGAUGCUGUCACCGCCACGGACUUCUAACUGGCCGUCCAACUGAUUCGCCGCGCUGGCGCAGAUGACAACUCUCUGACUUGGACAGACGACUAGCCGGGGCUGAAACAAUCGCUUGUAUGUGUUCACGUGAAGGUAACAUCGCACCCAGUGCCAACGACGGCAGUAGCGGCAACUCGAGAGACACUGACAUGCGUCCGCACGUAUAGUUUCCUUGUCCACGCGCGAGAAGAAUUUGUGCAGCGGUGGGGCGGAAGCAGCGUCACCGACGCCGACGAGCAUUCCUUUGUUCCGGCAAGCAGAGACUCCCGUGCCGACGCCUGGUCGAGCAUAGGUAUUCAAUAACUUAGGCAGGUGGCUGUUACGUGCUGUUAAUGGUUUUCGUUUAUUCUCCCACCCUCCCAAACAAACAGCAGGUCUGGGUGCGUAGCAGGAGGACUAAGUGUUCAUAAGCGGUGACUGUAGGGCUAUAAGCCUCCAUCUGAGCGAAACUGUGCUGGCGCACUGGUAGAUGGGGGCUGUUUAUGGGUCAGUCAUUGGGCCCAAACCAAUUUCUACUUGCCUUCACCCAGCUCUUCCUGCAGAGCAUGAUGGAACUGGAAAGAUGAGGUGUCUCAGUUCGAAUGACGGCAUACAUUGUAGAAAUUACCAAAUCCCGCGACGGCUCUUCCGGUAUCAUCUCUCGCUGAAUAGUUCGACGAAGGAGGUAAAAUCCCUGAAUUACAAUCCUUUCAGACUCAAUCUUGUCCUUAGCGGAUGUCAAUUCGCAUGCAGGACACCCAGCGUAUCGCGCCCAAAUGCAUUGCCAAUAGAAGCGAAGAGACGAGUCCCAGGAAGCACCCCUAUUUGCUUUGUCUCUGAUGAUGCGCUCGAGCAGGAAUCCGAAACGUCAGGCUAAUAAAGCUCUUGUCUCAGCGAUCGUGUCUCCUUCUUCAACACUCGGCGUAUUGUUUGCCUCUGAUGAGACAUUUAUUACAAAAGCCCUAGCUUCAGCACUACCAUCGGGAAAGAAAUACGGUGUAAACGAGGUCCCCAGUCGAGAUGGUGAGCUUCCACAGUCGGGCGUUUGUUUGCCUGCAAAACCUGACAGGAGUCGGUCGACAAACAGCGAGCAGCGUCUGCGUGCGCUUGUUUGUGCUCACGUGAAAGUAACAUCGCACACAGUGCCAACGACAAUAUUGACGGCAACUCGGGAGCGACUGACAUAUGCCCGCACGCCUACUUUCGCUGUCCACGCGCAUGGAUACACACAAACUGGCAGGAAUUUUGUGCAGCGGUGGGGCGGAAGCAGAAUUGACGGCGGCAGCGGCAGCGUCACCCAGGGUGCGGUCGAAGAAAUGCGCCUGGGAGGGAGGCGACGAAGUGCUGCGUGGGGACGCUGAAACGACUUCUAACACGGGCAUAGUCCUCGACAACGUUUCGGGCAGACAUUUACUGCCCAAUGCAUGACACAGCCUUCAAUCAAGUCACACUCCGUGUGAGACGCGCGCGCUUUGGUAUUGGACAUAGGGGAGGGCGCAGUAUGAAGGCACGGAGUGGGGUAAACAACCACGAGGAUUGCCAGCAGAAAGACGAGUCAAUUAAAGCCAUUGGGGAAGGCCUUGUGGGAGAAUGAGUGCUAGUUUUGCUAUGCCUGACCACUCGACCGUUACAAAUACCUACUUCCCAUACACUGGGAAAUAUUCAGUUCCCUGGUACUUCAGCAAUGUCUACAGUCGAGGCCGAAUUAAAUACACUUGGCAGAGUUGGCAGAACCAAUUCAGCGUUAAACUCCCGCACAAUGCGUAGUACCAACACUAACGGAGAGCACGGCACCGACAGAGCUCUGGUUGGGCUAGGCCAUGGUUCAGACUUUGCUCCCAUUCUAUCCAGGUUGUUGAAGAAGUGUCAGCUGAGCGCAAAAUAACAACCUCCUUCGAGGAAUAACAUUACCGACGAAGACAAGGGACACUGGAACGACCAUUUCUGGCUGAUUAGCUGUCGUCACCCAGUCAUAUCCAACCCAAAAGUGUAGAACACCUGGGACUCGAUCCCACGACCUGUUGCCCAGAAGUCCAACGCCUCCAAGCACUGAGCCACGGACUCGUUGUCUUGUCGGUUUCUACAGACUCCCAACUGGCUGUUUAACUGAUUUGUUGCUCUGACAUAGACGACAACCCUCUGGGACCCCUCAGCUAGAGGACGACUUGUUUGAAUUGAAGCAACCGCUGCAGAACACCUACCAGGUGUCAGGCCAUUGUAGAUAACAAUGCAAGGUUGACUAAACCUUGUGGGAAUUCGAACUUCCUUAUUUCCCUUAGUUGCAAAAUCAUGCUCUGUGCGCUCUACUACCGCAAGUAAAGGCACCCGAGAUCGCGAACGCGCUGCAGCUAACAGAGAUACGUUGAGAUUUCGUCGUGAUUUGAAGAUGAGCCCGUCCUCCAAACUAUCUGCCUCCAUUAUCAUGAUCAAUGCACCGAGCAGCGCGCAUAUCGGACACAACGCUUUCAUGGAAUGAACGCUCGAACCAGCUUCUGAAGCCAUCUGGCUGAGCCUUACCAGCUGCAGACCACUUCGAUGACGCUCGGCACCCAAGUGGGACCGCGACUGUAGUCCACCAUUUACCGGAGAGGACCUUGGAGCCAUAAAUAAAGGGCUAUAGGAAGACUAGCCUGACGACCUGUGGAGUUCAAUUUUUUGAGUCUGUUCGUCGGAGUCUCCUCUUGUAAAUCAGGUUGCAUGAUGCAUUGUCACCGGAAUUACUCCAUUCGAUUGGACUCUACCGCCACAGAACGAGGAUUAAAAACAAUCUGAGUGGACGGGAGAGUGGUUUCUUUUAGCCAAUGGUGGACGUUCGGCGGACCGAGGGCGGACGAAUAAAAACGGUCGCGAUGGUGACCACGGGAGCAGACUGUUCUGGCUUAAGCCACCAAGGAGACUACUCCCCUCCUUGGCAUCGCCCUCAACUUGCACUCACUUAUGCACCUUCUCGGCUUUUAGACUCAGUCAAUGUCGGGUUCAACCCUACUCACUACUGUGACUAGACCUGGGGGCCUUUCCAGUUAGUUAUUCAUAUUGACCCAACUGGGGAAAACUCGGCGCCUCGGUGGGAUUCGAAUCCACGCAGUAAGGGUAAGGCUUUAGUAUAGCCAACGCUCUAACCACUUGAGCUACGAGGCCCCGCCGGACGACUCGAGUUUAAUCCCAUUUGGGUCAAGUUACCCGCCCAACCUACUACAACGUCUGGAAUCCGCCAAAUCUGAUACAGUAAGUUGACUGCCCAAGCAGGAUUUCCUAAGUAAUUCACCUAGAAUCCACCAGAGGACUACCAGGCUCACGUAAUUUAUAGAUGUUUUGACAGAUUUUUAAUAAUUCACACUGACCCAACUAUGAAAAACUCGGCGCCUCGGUGGGAUUCAAACCCACGUAGUAAGGUGAAGGCUAUAGUACAGCCAACGCUCUAACCACUUGAGCUACGAGGCCCCGCCGGACGAAGCAAAUUUAAAUAUAUUCUAUUGAAAACAUGAACAAAUGUUUCCGGCCUUGUGCUCGUUAGUUAGCAAACCACAUCGUCGGACGACGCGUUGGCUGUACUAAAGUCUUCCCCUUACUGCGUGGGUUCGAAUCCCACCGAGGCGACGAGUUUUUCAUGGUUGGGUCAGUGUGAAUUAUUCAAAAUCUGUCAAAACAUCUAUGAAUCAGUUGGUUAUUAUUUCUGUACCGGCCGAUUUUGGAACGCACGUAAGAAACCCCAAGGGCGAACUAGCCUCGUUCGCUGAUAUGACCAUUUUAUCGGUGAUCAUAUUGCUGUGGAAAAACGAAUGUCAUUUCUCUUUUAACCUUGGAAGAAUAGCAAUAGGUAGCCAACGUCUUUGUCAAAUGGGAUCUAAGUUAACAGUUUCAGAAGUAGGUAUGAUUUGUAUAUGUUUGCUGCUCAAACUGACUGAUGACGUCACUGCAAUUCUCCCUUUCAGGCUGCCCACACCGUUCACAAUGUGACUGCUCGAGAAAUGUGUGAGGCCUUCUGGGACGUGCGGUAUCGUCUGGAUUGGGAGAUCACCGUAGACACCGCACCGACUGUAAUAGAGGUCUGUGGGGACAACACGGUGGUGCAGCAUCAGGUAUCGUAUCAUCACCCUCUAUUCUGUGGUUUGUCUCCCCCGUCGGGGUCAUCAGUCCCGAGAGCCACACAGUAUUUCUUCUGGUAUAGCCACUAUACCGUUCUCCCGACGAAGAUGCUAGCUAAAAGCCCAGACACGUGUUUCGCCGCUGCUCGACACAGCUGCGAGUGGUUCCGCUCCUCAGUGGGCUCUCCAGCGUCCUUUCUGCGGUUUCUAGUAAAUGAACUUCAGAGAAGAAUUAAAGGAAUAAUUUCAGAAGUUAUUCUGGGCAGGACAUGGAGUAAAGUAUCAGGGACACGGGCAUUACGUGGUUAUUCCACAGCAGUUGAUUGUCUUCGACCCAAAUCUUCACAGAAAUUUCGGGUCCGACCCUAGAAAGUCAUGUCCCAGAGACCUAAAUUCAUGUCCUGCAAUGAAUACUUUCUGAAAUUAUUCGCUUGAUUCUUCUCUGGAGUUCAUUUGCCAGAAACCGCAGAGAGAACGCUGGGGGACCCAAUGAGGAGCUGAACCCCUCGCAGCCGUGUCACGCAGCGGCAGAAUGUCGGCGAAACAGGUGUCUGGGCUUUUAAUUAGUACCUAUUUCGGGAGUACGGUAUAAUACGUUUACCAUAUAGAUUGCAUAGUACUCAAGGUACUACCUGUGUGUAGAAUAAGCAUUACGUAGUUAUUACACAGUAGUUGAUUGUCUUCGACUCGAAUAUUCAGUGAACUUGUAGUGGACAGCCAUAAUGGCUACGUCGCGCCUCUCGCUAGCGCCUGCACCUACGUUCUAGCGACAGCCGGCUAUGGCACGCACAUCUGCCUGGCUUUGAUUUGUCUCGUUGCAAUUCACUGUCUGCACCACGCAUUCAGUCGAUUCUCUGCCUGCACCACGCGAGGCUUUUCACUACCUUCGCGUGGGCUCGGAGCCAAUCAACGCAACUCCUAUCACUGAUUGGUAAGACAGACGGGAACAGACCAGAACAACAGAGUAAACAAUCCGCAACGACACUUUUGCAGCUGCGACCUUCAGCGACACAGGGCUCGUCGCUCUCGCGGACGCCGCCUCCGCGGCGCCGGACGCAUGCUCGUCCGGUUGCAAACUUCCCCUUCACUAUUCUGUACAGAAUAAAGUGUCCUAACCAAAUGGCGUCCUGCUUCUAACAACUUGGGUUAUGGCCUGAAGUUGUGGCGCACUGAGCGUACACCAUCACCGCUUAGCCGCUACAAACUUUCUGGUCUGACUCUGAAAAGUCAUGUCCCGGAGACUUGUCUCCAUGUCCUGCACUCAAUAGUUUCUGAAAUCUUUCGCUUUAGUAUUGUUUCUGUCUGCCAACUAAGAUACACGCCUCAAACGCAUGCAAUUCGGAAUCCCUAUCUGAACCUAAUUGUCUUUAAUUAACGAGUGGGUGGAAGAUGACGUAUCUCCCCCCCCCACCCUUGUGAGUUCAUCGUUUUGGAGAAAUAGCCCCCACUUUGUGCCCCCGUCGAUGUUUUGGCAAAACCUACUUCUUAAUCCUCCGCCCCCCUCCAGGUCUACAAGCGCAUCUGGCCGGCGACCCAGCGGGAGUCCCUCUUCUGGUCUCACAUCCGCCGCCUCAAUCUGAAGGAGUUCCCCGGUCCCCGACGGAAGAACCCCAGCGACGACAUAGUCCUGGACAACUGGAUGGUUUGCAACUAUUCCACAAAGUACGGCGAGGACCGCAUUCCGCCCUCGGCCUCACCCCUCAUUCGCAUCGAGGUGGACGUGGAGUUGUUCUGCCAGACGGUAUGGACCCCACCGAGCCAGAUGCAGGAGGAGUUGGCGAACCUUGAUCUCACCCAGCUCUCGGAGGCGGAGUUUGAUGAGUUUGUGCGAUCUCGUGUGGAUCGGAGCGCUGUGCGCUGUCGCCUGCUCUACGCCUCCCAGAUCAACCCCGGGGGUUGGGCACCGGCAGCAAUAAUUCGUACCAUGGCCAAGCGCGAGUACCCCCACUUUCUGCAACGUAUCAGCAGUUUUGUGAUCUCGCACACGACUGACAAGCCACCGCACUUCUAG